AAUGUAUCGGGUACACGAUGCCUCCGCCCUCCUUCCGGCUCAUGCCGCCGGAAAUCACGUCAGUGUGAUCGGCGCGAAACUGCUCCAAUUCCCGGUGUGAGCUGGUUCGAAACACGGGCCGCUUACCCAGGCGGACGAAACCUCCACACCCCUCCGACGAAAAGGCGGUUCUUCCCCCGAGAGGUGGAGCCUCCCCGGCGGGCAGUAGGAGAAAUUUGAAAAGCGGCGCGAAAGAGGGCGAGGGUAAAGUACUGGAUCGAUGGAUAACUGUAUAGAAGAUGUACAAGGUCAGCUGAAUGAGAAGCUAAAUGAAACCAGGACGAAGUUUUUUAGUUUGUGGGAGAGCUGUAAUCCAGCAGGAUUUAAGCACAAUUAUGUAGAAUCCAUAAAGGUUACAAGAGACAGAUGCAUUGAAAUACAUGAAGAGGAGGACCAGAUGUGUGAUAAAAUUGAAAUAAGCAAAAAGGUGAUUGCUGAGCAGAAUGCAUUAAUAAAGAAAAUGCGAGAAGAUCUACAGAUUGCAGACCAAAAAUUUGAAAAUAAUGAACAACAAAAGCAAGAAGUGUUAGAAAAAAUGAGGCAGCUGAAGGAAGCACUUACUAAAAAGCAGGAAUUAAUUUCUGCACAAAAACAAGAAAAUAAAGCCAAACUUAAGAAAUUGAAUACAUCAGCAGAAAUGUUUAAGAAGCGAAUGGGUCUGGAAAUUCGAAAGGUCCAUGGGGAGCAGCUGCAAUUUAUCUUCAAAUGCAUCAAUAGCAAAAAUCCUGAGCAGCUGUUUACAUUCUUACUGAAAUUUAAUGAAGAGGGGAAUUAUGAAGUCACAUCAUGUGAUCCACCACUGGAAUGUAUGCCUCUGCUACAGGAAAAACUCAAGGAAACCAACAAUUUCUCUGCAUUUCUUGCAAAUGUUAGGAAAGCUUUUACUGAACUAGUUUAACUUCAAGAUGUAUUCCUGUUUUGUGUUCAACUUAAAUGUAGUUUUUAUUUGUGUCAGCUACAAACUUUUCAUUUUAUUGUGUAAUAUGUUAAAAUUUUACUCUUGUUAAUAACUAUCUCUGUUGGAGGUUGUUGCAUGUAUUAUAGAAGUCAAUAAUAUUUCAUCUAUUUCUGGCAGGAAUACAAGAUAGCUUCAAUAUUGUAGUUGUGGAUAAUAAACAUUUUUUGUCCUUUUUGUAGACGAGUGUUAAUUUUUUACUGCAAUGCUAAAGACAGUAAUGGACAGCUAAUUCUUGAAGUGCUUGGUAUUCAUUUUAUGCUUGGGUGGAGCAUAUUAGAAUGUCUUAUAUCAAUGCAAGAGUUUUUAUAUUGUGCUAAAGUGACAUAGGAGAUGUAUUUCAGGAUGAUCUUGUAUGAUGUAAGUGUUUAACAUUUUCAUCCAUGGUUAAGCUAGAAUUAAUUUUGCCUUAGAUUAUCUGCACCUGGGCUGUUUAAACUUUAAUAUUUGUACUUGGAUAAAACAUUGGUUUUAUUUUGACAAUAUUGAAUGGUGCCCAACUGCUCAUUCAUGCAACAGAACAGAAAAACUAUUCAAGGUAAUAGUAUUA